AUGCAAAACGUUACUAAGCAAGGGGUGGGGUUUAUAAAAAAACAAGCUGCGGCCAUUACGAAAGAGCAGGAAAACGCUUUAUGGGAACAGGGAAUUUUGGGUAACGAAAACCCUCAAAGCCUGCUUUACACUAUAUUUUGGACAAUUGGGGUUAACUUUGGGUUACGCGGUGGGGAUGAACACCGAAAUUUGACCUUAGAAAAUUUCAAAAUUUUACAAGAUCAGGAUGAAGUGUUCUAUCUAGAGUACUGUGAAAGCGUGUCUAAAACGUAUAAGGGUGGUAUCAAGCAUCGCCAGAUUGAUCCACACAAAGCUAGGGCUUAUGAAAUAAAGGGGAGUAAACGUUGUCCAGUUACGCUAUUUCAGCAGUAUCUUUUAAAGCUUAACCCAAACUAUUCUCAUUCUGCCUUUUAUUUCAACCCACUUGUAAAACCCAUGGACGAUGUUUGGUAUUCUCUUACUCCUGUUGGCCAUAAUAAAUUGAAGGAUUUUGUUAAAACAAUUAUGAAAACUGCAGGCUUUGAGGGAUAUUUCACUAAUCAUUCAUUGAGGGCUGCCACAGCUACACGCCUAUUCCAGGAAAACAUUCCUGAGCAGUUAAUCAUGGAGCAAACAGGGAAUAGAAGUAAUGCCCUGUUUAGCUACAAGCGCUCAAGUGAUCAACAAAAGCGCUUAGUCUCUAAUGUAUUGCAAGGGUCAAAUAUAGCAUAAACAAGCACGACUGUUGCCGAACAAACAAGUAAACAAAAUGUUUUUAACGUGUCAAACUCGGAGGUACAUAUUCAUAUGCAACUUUAAACGAUUGUAAUGGUGCAUUAUAGGUCGAUGUAAGAAACAUUAAAGCUGCAUGC